GACUACAUCUCCCAGCAGGCAGUGCGGCUCGCCCUGGUUUCCGGGAAAGAAGAUGGUGGCCGCCUAGCUGGCCUCCUCGGCCUUGGGCAAGCCAUUCCGAGCGGAGCGGGGCGGGCGCGGCGGUCGGCGCCGGGGGUUUGUCAGCUUUCUUGACUUUGAAAGUCUUGACUUUCAAAGCCAGUUCCCCAAUGGAGACAAUCGAGUCUGGAAACCCAGUUGUUGAGGAGGAAGAGGAGGAGGAGGAGGAGGAGGAGGAAGAGGAAGAAGAGGAGGAAGAAGAGGAGGAGGAGGAGGAGCAGGCAGCCGAGCAGAGACCCAGGACCCGCUCCAAUCCUGAGGGGGCCGAGGACCGAGCUCUGAGCGCCCAGGCCAGCGUGGGGAACCGGAGUGAGGGGGAGGGAGAAGCGGCCAGCACCGACGACAGCCCCCAGAAUCUGCCCAGCACCAAUGGAAAGCCCUGGCAAGUCCCCGUGCAGGCCGUGGAGCUCCAGAUCCGCACCCCCAGGGUGAACUGCCCGGAGAAAGUGAUCAUCUGUCUGGACCUGUCAGAGGAGAUGUCUUUGCCCAAACUAGAGUCUUUCAAUGGCUCCAAGACCAACACGCUGAACGUUUCCCAGAAGAUGAUCGAGAUGUUUGUGAGGACAAAACAUAAGAUUGACAAGUGCCAUGAGUUUGCUCUGGUGGUGGUGAAUGAUGAUGCCACAUGGCUGUCAGGAUUCACCUCUGACCCCAGGGAAGUGUGCAGCUGCCUGUAUGAUCUGGAAACUAUCAACUGCAAGUCCUUCAAUCUGGAUGGCCUCUUCAACCUUAUACAGCAAAAGAUCGAGCUGCCUGUCACAGAGAACGUGCAGACCAUCCCGCCGCCCUAUGUGGUCCGCACCAUCCUGGUGUACAGCCGCCCAGCCUGCCAGCCUCAGUUUUCCAUGACAGAGCCCAUGAAGAAAAUGCUCCAGUGUCCGUAUUUCUUCUUCGACGUGGUGUGCAUCCACAAUGGGGCAGAGGAAAAAGAAGAGGAGACGAACUGGAAGGAGAUGUACACGUUCUUUGGGAACCUGGACUCCAGAGGCACCAACUACAAAUACGAAGUGUCUUUAACCGGGCCAGCGGUGGAACUGCACAACUGCAUGGCUAAACUGCUGGCUCACCCGCUCCAGAGGCCUUUCCAGACCCACGCCUCCUACAGCCUCCUGGAGGAAGAAGAACCGGUGGAAAUUGAAGCCACCGUGUAGCUGCCGGAUGUCACGUCCCGCGAUUCUCUUCCACCAGGGGGGCUCACCGGAGCCAUAUGUGGAGCUCAUCCCUAGCCCCCAUCCCGUUUUAGCUCAGAUCCCAAGAGUCAAGUUUUACUUGACUCUCCUUUUCUGCCCCCGUCCCACAGAUCACUCUGACUUGUGUGUACAAGCAGCAGUUGAUCUGUUUUUACUGUUAGCCAUCACUGAUAGACCCUGCGAAAAUUAAAAGAUCCACCGUUGGCCUCUGAUUGGAAAUGGGAAGGUCAGUUUAUCCUACCUCUUCUUCAGGUGGUUGGGAAGGGGGAAAAUGAGCUUGGAGUUGAUGAGUUGGUGGCAGGACUCGCACAGAUGGGACCUUGCUUAGUGCUCUUAAGAAGAAGGAUCAGUGUCAAUCGGGGUUUUUCCAAUGAUAUUCUGUCACGCAGUGAGUUUGAUUGUGAACUUCCGAACUGAACUCAGUGAACUUCCAGAAAGGAAGGUGUACUCUGUAUUCAUUCCUAGCGGGGAAACUUUUUCCAGCCAAGCAAAAUAAUUUGUCUUUUGAGGGGAUGGGGGGAGCCUGAUUUGGUCAAAUGUCUCUCUUCUGACCUGUGGAUUUGGGGAGAAAAGCCUCAUGGAUUUUCCACAGCAGUGAUGGAUACCUCUCUUGAGGUCUCAGUAACGGCAAACCUUCCUUCUUUCCAACCUCCGGCACUGCAGCAGUUGCAGUGUACAUCAGACUUCACUGGGCUGGAACUGUUUUCUCAUGCGGCCAGGGUGAGGCUCACGCCACCACCCCCUCUUCAAUCAAUCAAUCGAUCAAUGGUAUUUAUUGAGUGCUUACUAUUUGCAGAGCACCAUACAGAAUCCUUGGGAGAAGACAGUACAACAGAGUGGACAGCCUUGUUCCCUGCUCACAACGAGCCUGAUCGGUUUCCCUUUAUCUUGCGCCAUUACUGUACUCCAUUAGCAUAGAUCAUUGAGAGUUGUCCAGAUACCUUCCAACGCAGUUGACUAGUAAAUCCAGAUCCAAUUUGCUAGACUGUUCAUCUGCAUGGGUGCAGAGGGUGAAACAGCCUCUCGGUAAUGAAGAUGCCCUUUCACUAAGGUUCAUGUCAGUGGGGGAUAAGGCGGUUGGAAGAGCGCUAGUGCUGAUGGAUCGAAAGAAAUAGCGACUAAAACCCGAGGGUCAGGAACAACCGCCUUUGUGUUCCGCUUGGAUCCUGCUGGUAAUUGAAAAGUCCUCAUGGGACCUUAUUGACUGGUUCCCAUGGGGUGAGGGAGGGUGCCGUCAGGAUCCAGCCUCUCCCACUCUGGCUGUCCUGGAGUCUGAGGAAAACUGGCUCCCUGGUCUCUUGUGGUUCGGCACCAUGGUAGCGACAAUUUAGAGAGAGAAAAGGUAAUCCCUUGGGGGAGCCUGAAGUCCCUUCUCCAACUCCCACCUUAUUUGCUGCAGCAAGAAAGGGAUUGUCUGCUGCUGAGCCAGGAUGGGCAGCCUCAACAAACCCUGUAAUCAGACUGCAGAGCCAAGAAACAAGCAGCAGGA